AUGAGUUUAUGGGUGGACUURCUGAUCUUGAAGGUCUUUUCCAACAAUAAUGAUUCUGUGAAUCCACCCUACAUCACUUCUAAUUGUCAAAGACUGAAAACAUCAAAGACAAAGCAGCAAGACAAAACUUGGGGUGUCGGAAGGUGCAGCGCUUGCGCGGGGCCGGGGGACGCCUUUGCCUUCUCUGUCAGUCGUUGUGCUUCUCUCGUUCAGACCUUCGUGAGCCGUUUCCGCCGCAUCAUGGACUCCUCGCAGAACGCCUACAACGAGGACACGUCGGCGCUGGUCGCUCGCCUGGACGAACUGGAGCGGGCUCUGUUUCGAGCUGGCCAGAAAGGCUUGCAUGACUUCCAGUGCUGGGAGAAGGGGCAGGCUUCGCAAAUCACAGCUUCCAGCCUGGUGCAGAACUACGGGAAGAGGAAGUUCACGGAUAUGGAUGGUUGAAAGCCCGGGAACRCGGAGCUGCCGUGGGGGACACUGCGCGAGCUGCAGCCUGUCUGGCACAGGGAAGGAAGAUGAGUCGGCUCUGGGAAAAGCCAGACUCCUUGCCCAGUAGUGGGAAUUUUUCUCCAUAACAUCUUUGGAUUAGACAAGUGCAAGUUCUAGAGGCAGGUGGCAAGGGUAUAAAAAUAAUAAUAGAUUGCAACASAGGAUAGCUUUGCAGCUUACUCAUACCACUCCUGAGGAUUUGUAAUUCUAGUGCUUCGUCCAUGGCUGAAAGAAUAUGAGAGGCUUUUCUGAAAGGCUAAUUAAUAUUUAUUAUUCUCUGUCUUCCAAAUUGAUACUCCCAGCACCAGAUCUGUAAAGGAGGGGGCAAAGAGAAUAAUGUGAUUCCUUAUAUUUCACCUUCGCGUUUCCAUUCCAGCCUCCUGGGAACAGCUAUUUCCAGCUUCCCCGUUCUUUGGAAACCCUACUGGUGUGAGAAGUGUGUGGUACCAACUGACCUCUUUUUUCUCAUAUCAUGAUACACCGAGUUGUAGCAGCUGCUCCUCGUUCAGCGUGAAGGUUUCCUUGUUUGUUUGUGUGUUUCCUUUCGGGAGCCUUUGUGUGCACUGUUAGCGCAGCAAAGAAAACCCUCCCUUUAGGUGGGCACCCCUGGGAAGUUCCUUGCGGGUCCCCAAGGCUGUCUCCUUCCUGCCCUUUGCCUGUCCACUCAGGGCGCCGGGAUCUGGGGGGAACAUUCCCGUUCCAGGAACGGCUUUUGCGGCAGAGGCGACGCCGCAGAGGGGCCUGUGUUGGGCUCGUUUCACGGAGGAGCCGUCGGGAAGUCCGGGCUGGAUCCAGAGCAGCAGCUUUAAUGGAAACUGCUCCUCGUUAUUAGCCUGGACCAUCUGGUCUCCCCUGAGAAAUUGUAGUUGCUGAAUUUGGCUAAUGGUGAAGAGAGAGCAAAUGAAUUGAGAUUCCUUCCUGUGAUCCAUCGGUAGAGCAUCCUAGUGAGUGUGGCUUUGGUGGAGCAUCUGGAAUUGGAACAUGCAACACAGCACAGUAGUUAUUAUCCUAUGUAGAUGUUGCUAUCCUUAAAUCCAGUUUUUGUGUAAACCCCACUGGAUUAACCGGGACAGGAAACAUGCUUCCCUCUGUGGGAAGCAAUUCCCAAGGUCAACGGCGUGGUCAUCCUUUGGAAGUAAAUAUUAGAUGUUCCRGGGGUGUUUCUGCACCUGUGCAGAUAGUGGCCCUUGAGGAAUAACUCAGAGCCUGUAUCCCAGUAGUACCGAGCCCUUCCUCCUCUCUGGGAAGCACUGGGAGGUGGGAGCAGAGGGGAAACCAAAAAUUCAUGAUUUCGUCCGUGAAAGAUCCAAGAYCCAAACCUUGUGGGCGCUUUUAUGGCAAGGAGACUUGGAUGUCGGGUACAUCCAACCAUGUAAAGGAGCUCGAGUGCUGGGGAGCAGGGUCCUGCUUGGAGCCAGAGCCGRCUGCCGGAUCCAGCAGCUCGUGGGCACCUCUGCCUCGGAGCACAGAGCCUGUCCCGCCACCGGAGACCCGCUGGAAGCUGCAUCUGCCGGAGGACGCCCAGUA